AGCAAUCAGGACACAGAGAAGACUUGGCACAGUACGUCAAGAGUCAUCUCAGGAUUACGGACCGCCCGCAUUCUGAAGAAUUACAAUCCCAAAUCCUAGACAAAGCUACUGGGGUUUUUAUAUGGGUUGUGUUAGUAGUGGAAAUCCUGAACAAGGAGAGUAACCACGGUAGCCUUGCUCUUAGGAAGAAACUUUCGGAAAUUCCGGCCGAAUUAAGCGAACUCUUCAAGAGAAUGCUGACACACGAUAAUGAUAGACCUGAAUGGCUGAAGCUCUGCAUUCUCUGGAUUCUCUUUGCAAAGCGGCCUUUGAGUCCAGCAAAGUUCCGCCAUGCGAUAUGGGCAGGCUUGUUGAAGCAGCGUCUAGUUGAUCCCGAGCUACCAGUCCACAUACAUAUGGAUGCCGUCAAACUGGUCACGAGUUCCUCAAAGGGGCUUGCAGAGAUCACCAAAUCCAAGCAGCCGACCGUGCAGUUCAUUCAUGAAUCAGUGCGGGACUUUUUGGUGAAAGAAAAGGGCAUCCAGGACUUGUGGCCUGGACUUGAAUUCGACUGGGAGGGCCCUAGCCACGAUGUCCUCAAGCGUUGUUGCACUACGUACCUGCAUCACCCAAGAGUACAGGCGGGUAUCGCCGCGCUAGAGGGCGGAGACGAGGAACGGAACGUCGCGCCAGAGGGCGGAGACGAGGAACGGAACGUCGCGCCAGAGGGCGGAGACGAGGAACGGAACCUCGUGCCAGAGGGCGGAGACGAGGAACGAAACCAGCGAAGCUAAUAAGUCAAGCAAGUCAAGUGAAGGGCCAUACUUGACUUGCUUGAUAGGACCCAUCCCAUACUUGACUUACUUGCAAGUGGUUAUCAAGUGCUUGGCAUCGGUGGCUGAGGCUUGGCACCCCACCCAAAAAUUAUCACGACGCAA